AUGGACUCGAUCUGGAAGCAAAAUGCUGUCCCAGACGUCUGGAAUUUCUUCGUUGCGUUAUACUUCGCUUUUGGUUUCGUCGUCGCCAGGUUCUUGCUUGAUAGAUUCAUCUUUCGCAGGUUGGCCAUCUGGUUGUUGAGAAGUGGAGAUGGUCUGUGGACGAUUAAUGAGGCUACAAGAGCAAAAAUUGUGAAGUUUUCAGAAUCUAUGUGGAAACUCACAUACUAUGCUGCUGUUGAGUUUUGUGUUUUAUCAGUUAACUACCAUGAGCCAUGGUUCAGGGAUAUAAAGGAGUACUUUAGAGGUUGGCCCAAUCAAGAGCUGAAGCCUCCUUUGACCCUCAUUUAUAUGUGCCAAUGUGGCUUCUACAUCUAUAGCUCUGCUGCCCUCCUUACCUGGGAAACAAGGCGAAAGGAUUUCUCUGUUAUGAUGUCUCAUCAUGUUGUCACUGUUAUUCUGAUUGCUUACUCAUACAUGGCAAGGUUCUUUCGGAUAGGUGCAGUCAUUCUUGCACUGCAUGAUGCAAGUGAUGUAUUUCUUGAAGCUGCUAAAGUUUUUAAAUAUUCUGAAAAUGAGCUUGGAGCUAGUGUGUUCUUCGGAUUGUUUGCCAUCUCAUGGUUUACACUAAGGCUGGUAUUCUUUCCAUUUUGGGUUAUAAGAUCCUCAAGCUACUACUUAUGCGAAGUCCUGAACCCGUCAGAACCAUAUCACAUGUUAUUAUAUUAUGUCUUCAAUACAAUGCUAUUGAUGCUGCUUGUUUUUCACAUUUAUUGGUGGAUUCUAAUAUGCUCCAUGAUCAGAAGGCAACUGAAGAAUAGGGGAAAAGUUGGAGAAGAUAUAAGAUCGGAUUCGGAGGAUGACGACUAG